AUUCCUGUGUGACCUGAUCUAGGUGGACCUGCUUUAGCAGGGGGCUGGACUACAUGAUGUCUAAAGGUCCCUUCCAACUCCUACAAUUCUAUGUCUUUGUGCUGACCCGUGUUCCUAUGCUGGUAGACUCUUGUUCAGCAAACCCUGGCUGCUGGGCAAGCCUGGGAGCAUGGCUUGAAACUGCUUGUGCAUUUCCAGUGGCUCCCAAGAUGAGGAGAAGGUGUUAGGUUUAGUGCCAAGAGCUCAUCUGGUCUCCUCUAUUCCUGCUGGAGCUAUGCCAAAGUGGUGCCUGGGAAUGAGUAGGUACUAUUUUGUUUCUGUCUGACGGGCUGAGUUUGUAGGUCUGGAGUCUUAAUCACCAUGAAGGAAAACAUUCCCUUCUUCACAAUGAGACAGAGCAUUAGCAGAGGCUACAUGAUGGUGGUAGUCACUUCUGUUAGGUUUGAGAAAGUUAAAGACUUCCAGCUAAAUUUAGCUGUAUCAUGUCAGGGCUAUGAAUAGUGAAAUCAUGGGAUUAUGUUUCAUGCCAGCUGAGAAUUGUGUUUGCUCUGUUUCACUCCAUGGUAACCGGAAGCUGUCACGUCCAUUAAAAGAAAACGAUGGCACCCAGAGAUGACACAGCCUUGCUGUGGGACACUGGAGAGCUCUGGCUCCUUGGGAGGGGGAAGGUUGUUUCCUACCCAAGGAAGAGUUUUCUGUCAGUGUCCCUUUUUCCCUAUCACAUAUGAACAUACUUUGUACUUGCACAAGAAGGAGGCCUCUUUGUAAAGCCCUGCUCAUAGCUGCUGCUCCUUCAAUACGAGUGCAAAUGGACUGCUCAGAAUUUCAUCUCCUUAUUCGUCAUUCAGCCAUUUUUAGCCUGUGAUGAUUUACAGUGUAAGGUAGCUGUACCAACCCCAAAAAAGCCUCUGCUGUAAUGUGAGGGUGCUGUCGCCUGCACAUCCAGCUGGUGUAUGUCCUCUCCACUGCUGCCUGCAUUCACUUCUCACUUUGGUUGAAUGCAAGGAAGAGGGGAAAGCCGGCAAGUAACCUCACAGGUUCAUCUGCUGAGAGCACAAGAGGUGAGAGCUCAGUCGCUUCUAAUAGAGCCAUAUUCAGAACCAUAAUUGAUGGGAGACUUACCCAAGUGUAUUACAGACAGAUAUGAAGACAAAUAAACUUCAGCUUUUGGUGGGGACCUACCUGCUGUGUUUUUCUCCCCAAGCUGGCAAAUUGUGGUGCUACAUGGUAUAGCAAUCCUCGAUGCCACGUUUGAGAUGGAGUGAUUUCAGCUGUAACCUUUUGUUAGAUGGCUUUUCUGUACAGGGCCCUGGUGGUUCUGUUCUGCUGUAACGUCUCUGAAAGGUCUGAAAUAUUGAUGAGUACUGCUUGAAAAGACUUCAGGAAAAAAAAAGAGGAGUGGAAGAUGGAAAGAGACAGUCAUUAAAGUAACACAGGCCAGUUGGAAAUAGGAAACAAAUUCCUGGCAAAAGACACUGUGAAAACUAGAAACGUUCUUCAUUUGACCCAUGUCUUGGCAUAUAGAAAUGUUCUUUACAGUGUUCUGGAAUAAGAAACUCCUGGACUAUGGUUUCUGCUUCAGCAGAGAGCGUUGAGCACGUUUCCUACUUUCCAUAUCUGGAAGAAAGCAGUUCAUGGAAGGAAUGAAAUGUAAUUGUAGACCUGUCAAAGCAGCUCCCAGUGGACUGGUGGCACCCUUUAAAGACGACGAUGUAUCCAUGGAUGACUUUGUCAGGAAAACAAUUGUUUCUCUUGGCUUGUGGAUUCUCUUUAACAAUAUGGGAAAAUGCUUAGUCCUGAAUCCAGCAAGACUGGACAUAUGAGCUGAGAGAAGUUGCUUCAAUACGGCUGUACCGAUGUAAUGGCAGCGAUUAGUAUGUAUCGAACAGGGAUGGGGGCAGAGGAGGUGGAGGAAGGAAGGAGUUUGCUUCCUGAUUUCAUAAUUGACAAAGCUGAGACGGUGAAACCUGACUGUUCAAAGGUGUAAGGUGUGAACCUGCUCAAGCAGGUACAGCUGGCAGGUGCUUGCAGAGAUGUCUAAAACUAACAAAUCCAAGUCUGGAUCCCGUUCUUCCCGCUCGAGGUCUGGCUCCCGCUCCCGCUCCCGCUCCUUCUCCAAAUCGCGCUCCCGUUCUCGUUCUGUCUCACGCUCAAGAAAAAGGAGACUUAGUUCUAGGUCUCGCUCGAGAUCCUAUUCUCCAUCUCAUAACAGAGAAAGGAACCACCCCAGAGUGUAUCAGAACCGGGAUUUCAGAGGCCAUAACAGAGGAUACAGGAGACCAUAUUAUUUCCGAGGCCGGAAUCGAGGGUUUUAUCCCUGGGGCCAGUAUAACCGAGGAGGAUACGGCAAUUACAGGUCCAACUGGCAAAACUAUCGCCAAGCCUACAGCCCUCGGAGAGGGAGGUCACGCUCCCGCUCACCCAAGAGGAGAUCUCCGUCCCCAAGGUCUAGGAGUCACUCUAGGAAUUCUGACAAGUCCUCUUCGGAUCGCUCGAGGAGAUCUUCCUCUUCCCGCUCUUCCUCCAAUCACAGCCGAGUGGAGUCUUCCAAGCGUAAAUCUGGGAAGGAGAAAAAGUCAUCUUCCAAAGAUACCCGAGCAUCCCAAGCUGCAGGAGAUAACCAAGGGGAUGAGUCUAAGGAGCAGCCAUUUUCAGGAGCAGUGGCUCAAGAUGCCAAAGCAUCUGAGGGAUCGAAACCGUGGCAGGAGAUGAGCACCUAUGGUACAAGUUCAGCCUCAAGAGCUUCUGUGUCUGAGCUCAGCCCGAGGGAAUGCAGUCCUGCCUUAAAAAGCCCUCUGCAGUCAGUCGUGGUCAGGCGGCGUUCUCCUCGGCCCAGCCCCUUGCAAAAGAGCCCUCCACUGUCCACCUCAUCACAGAUGAGCUCUGCUUUACAGAGCAGCAGCACCUCCUUCCAGGCAGGCUCUCACCAGAGUCCCUUUGAGCAUGGCUCGGCAGGUUUGAGCCCAACAAGGAAGAGCCCUGUGUGCAAAAGUCCAACGCCAGUUGGAUCCAUUUACAGUACAUCUCAGAAGGAGGAAACCACAGCUCCUGGAGGAGGAGCCUUCUCCAAAAGGUAUCUGGAAGAGCAGAAGAGCGAGAACGGGAAAGACAAAGAACAGAAAGUAACAAAUGCUGACAAAGAAAAAACAAAAGAGAAAGGGAGUUUCUCUGAGAUGGGAGCAACAGAUGGAAAAGCAAAAGCUGAGUCCUACCCAGGCAAAGCCGACUCCGAGAAGGGAUAUCGCGGCAGCCAGUCACCCAAGCGCUACAAGUUCCGGGAUGACUUUGACAAGCUCAAGGUCCCGGAGUUCCACAAGGAAGGUCAUUAUGGCAAAGAGGAAAGUGAGGAGCAGGAAAAGAAAGAUAAAGCAAAAGGUCGAAAAGAUUCGGAGUUUGAUGAUGAGCCCAAGUUUAUGUCGAAAGUUGUCGCGGCUUCAAGUAAAACUCAAGAGGAGGAUCGGUCAGGAAAGUGGGAAGGGGUGGUGUUCUUGCCACCUGGGAAAGAGAAACAAAGGAAAUCUGAGGAAAUGGAGGAUGAAAGCUAUUCUGAAAGAUCAAAAAAAGAAGAGAGACCAGCAUCCAAGAGAGCUGAACCAGGUCACAGGGGCUUUGUUCCUGAAAAGAAUUUCAGAGUGACCACUUACAAAUCGAGCCAGGAAAAAAGUUCUUCCCCUCCACCAAGGAAGGCUUCUGAGGUAAAGGAGAAACCUGGCACCAAAGUAGAGGGGCUGACUCCUGGCAAAUCCUCCUUUUCCAUUACUCGAGAGGCCCAGGUCAAUAUUCGAAUGGAUUCCUUUGACGAAGAUCUUGCACGUCCAAGUGGCAUAUUGGCUCAGGAACGCAAACUGUGUCGUGACCUGGUGCACAGCAACAAAAAGGAGCAAGAGUUUCGCUCCAUUUUCCAUCAUAUUCAGUCUGCUCAGUCUCAGAGGAGCCCUUCUGAACUGUUUGCUCAACAUAUAGUGACCAUAGUCCAUCAUGUAAGAGAGCAUCACUUUGGGUCUUCAGGAAUGACACUGAAUGAACGCUUUACCAAAUAUCUAAAGAAAGGAAUGGAACAAGAUGCAGCUAAAAACAAAAAGAGCCCUGAAAUCCACAGGAGGAUAGAUAUAUCUCCCAGUACUUUUAGAAAACAUGGAUUCUCUCAAGAGGAAACGAAAAGCUCCAGAGAUCCUGGCUUCAAGACUGAAGGGAAAUAUAAGGACGACCCUGUCGACCUGCGCCUUGAUAUUGAACGUCGUAAAAAACAUAAGGAAAGAGACCUUAAACGCGAUAAAUCCCGCGAAUCUGUGGACUCGAGAGACUCAAGUCACUCAAGGGAAAGAUCAGCUGAGAAAACGGAGAAAAGUCACAAAGGCUCAAAAAAAAAGAAACACCGACGGGUACGUGAGAGAUCCAGAUCCAGCUCAUCGUCCUCACGCUCCUCCCAUUCGGCCAAAGCAGAGGAGUAUCCCGAGGAGACCGAGGAGAGGGAGGAGAGCACCACAGGCUUUGACAAGUCCCGGCUUGGGACUAAAGAAUUCACUGGCCCAAAUGAGAGAGGAAGAGCUAGAGGGACCUUUCAGUUCAGAGCAAGAGGGAGAGGAUGGGGCAGAGGCAACUUUUCGGGCAACAAUAACAGCAACAGUGGUGGCAACAACGACUUCCAGAAGCGGAACAGAGAUGAGGAGUGGGAUCCAGAGUACACUCCCAAGAGCAAGAAGUACUACUUGCACGACGACCGGGAGGGCGAAGGUGCGGACAAGUGGGUGAGCAGAGGCCGCGGCCGGGGCGCCUUCCCCCGGGGAAGAGGCCGCUUCAUGUUCCGAAAGUCAAGCACCAGCCCCAAGUGGGCUCAUGAUAAAUUCAGUGGAGAAGAAGGAGAAAUAGAAGAUGAUGAAAGUGGAACAGAAAACAGAGAGGAGAAGGACACCCUGCAGACAACGGCCGAGUAGCCGCCGCGGCCGCCCGUUCCCGAGGGCCCUGGCCGGAGGGAAGGGGCUCAGCACCACGCUGGGGGUUGAGCCCAGGUGCUGAGCAGAGCCCCAGAGAGCAGCUUGGAAACAGCCCCGUCGUUACCUGCAUUUCCUGAGUUCAGCCUCCCCUCAGUGUGGACUCAAACUGACCAUUUCUGCUUGGAUCCACUCGUGGAGCCUCUUUCCAGGGCAGGGGGAGGGUCCUGGGGCUCCUCUGGUUCCCCUGAACACUCAGUUCUUUGGGUUGGUUUUGAAGACAACAUGGGUUUUGGUUUGUGCCCAUCUUAACCCCAGUAGUCUUCCCAUUUUUGUUUCUCUUUUCCCAUUUGAAGUAGCAAAGGUUGGAAUCACAGCUCAGAUUUUUUUCCCCCCUCCCUGUUGUGUAUUCAGUUUGUUUUUGAAAUUCAUCCCCUGCUUCCUUUAGGCCUCUCUGUAGUAACAUCCAGCCCCUGAUCCGUGGGGAAACUUUCCUUUUGGUUCUUAUACAUAAGCAAAACAAUGAAGCAUGUGAAUAAACAUCUAAAUGUUGACUUGUUGGGACCAAACUGCUCUGAUUUUUCAUUUUGAAACCCACCUCUUUGGGGGGUUUUUUUAUGCAACAGUUGAGUUUUAGGACCUUUUCCAAAACCUCCUUUUCCUUUUUACGUUGAAAGUUAAGAAGUUUAGCAUGGUUUAAGAGACAAAAGGCCACCCUCCUUUUCUCACCACUCUGUGUGUGUGUGUGUACUGUUAGGCUGGUGUGUGCUAGAGCCCCAAACUGCUUGUAGGCAGCUCCUGGAUCCUCUUUGCAGCCUGUUGGAGACUUGAAGUGUUUUCUAAGGAACUUCAGCCCCUCCCUCAGUUACAAAUGUCAAAGGAGAUGAGGUUUUUUUUCCAGUAUUUUUUAUUAAUCUUUUUAUAUAUAUGUAUUAAAGAAUAAAGCCAAACCAGAGGCACAUCCCUCCUGGGGGGGUGAAGGAUGGUCCUGAGCCCCCCUUUCUCUUCAGUCCUUGGCAGGAGGGGGCUGUCUGUGCCUGUGCUGUGAAGAGGCUGCUCCCCCAGCCCUGCCUGCCCUUCCCAGGAUUGCUGUGCUCUUCCCCCCCCUACACACACACAAACCCCCCUGACUAGAGUUUGGUUUGUUUUUGACUUGAACAGUUCCUGUUUAGCAAAGCCCUGAAGUUUGUUUAUGCAAAUAAAAUACAAUAAAAUCA